AUGGUGACUGCAAUUGUAAAGGAGACUGAUUUUUUUGUGGUUUUUGUGUUUCAGGCUGUAUAUCAUAAUAUGAAAACAACAGUGUUAUGGCAGCAGUUGGAGAACAUCCAUCUUGAGCAGAGUAAAGUUGAUGAUUUUGUCAGUGCCUGGGAGAUUUCAGGCCAGGACACCGUAGAAAAGUUCAGACAAAGAAUCUUGGCUCCCAAAAAGCUGGAGACAACUGAUUGGCAGCUCAACCUCCAGAUGGCUCAAUCCACCCAAGCAAAAAUGAAAUCUCCCCAGGCUGUGAUAAAACUAGGAGAUAGCAGUGAAGACACAACGAAUCUGGAGAAAGUGUUUGUGGAGUUUAACCACAAGGAGUUGUUGGAGUUCUAUAACAAGCUUGGGACUAUCCAGGCACAGCUGGAUUCCCUUACAUGAUGCCUUAAAGAUGGGUUCCUCCACUGCACUCCUGCCACCUCAUUAUUUUGCAUUGAAGAUAGAUCGCAAAGCUAUGUUUGCUGAAAGAAUCAAUGGGCUGCUUCCUCUAAAAUUAUAUGGCUUAUCUCCUCUUAGACUAGCAACAUUAGGCAGGGAAGAUCAUUUGAAGAAUGCCAAGGGUAUAAUUGUGUUUCCAGCUGAAUUCUGUCAAUGCAAGGUGCUUGUAACAAGAAAACAAAAAUAAGGCCUAAUCUACCCAUUGUGCAAUUAGGAUUCCUGAUGUUCUGUACAAAUGUACCAAUACACAGACACACGCUGACAUAUCUGCACAAUUACAGCAUCCAUCAUGGGAAUCAUAGUUAAAACAUGCAGAUAUACAAAUUAAAGAGUCAGAUGUG